UUUGUGCUCAGCUGAUUUAAGUGUUUUGAAGCUAUUGAAUUGUUGUUUUUCACCAGCGGCAAGUGUUAUUACAUCGAAUAUACGUCGAUCAACAUAUUUCGCAUAAAAUAUCGCAAUGGUCCGCAACUAUGUCCGGAAGUCCAAUUGGCGGUCUUGGACUGUUGAACAGCUACGAUCGGCGCUAGAGGCAAUCAAAAACGGUAUUUCCAAAAAUCAUGCAGCUCGGGUGUACGGAACUCCGAAGAAAACGCUCAUCCGCUACUUGACAAAAUCCAACAAUUUAUCUUCGCUUCCACGUUUGGGAAGUUUCAAAUCAGUGUUUACCGACGAGCAGGAGCGGCAACUAGUCAAUCAUAUUGUUAGCAUGAGUGAGUGUUAUUACGGAUUGACCCAAAGAGAUGUUAGAAGUUUGGCAUUUGAAUUGGCCGAAAUGAACCAGAUUUCACAUCCGUUCAGUCAGUCGGAAAAGUUAGCAGGUUAUGACUGGUUAAAACGCUUUCUAAAACGCCAUCCAAAUCUUUCUUUACGGUCUGCGGAAAAUACUUCUUUGGCAAGAGCCACAGGAUUCAAUCGACACAGUGUGCGCAAAUAUUUUGAUCUUCUUGAGGGGAUCUUCGCCGACCAUCAAUACCCACCCCAAAGAAUUUGGAACAUGGAUGAAACGGGAUUUUCCACGGUUCAGACUAAGCUACCAAAAGUUUUAGCAAAAAAAGGGCAACAUCAAGUGGGAGCCAUUUCAUCCAGCGAAAGAGGUGUAAACACUACGGUGGUACUGGCCAUGUCUGCAUCUGGAGCAUAUUUACCACCAAUGUUCAUCUUCGCUAGGCACAGAAUGAAUGAUGCUCUUAAGGUCGGGGCCCCUGAAGGAUCAGUGUUUACCUGUAAUCCUAGUGGUUGGAGUACAUUGAUUACCUGUUCCAGCUGGUUCGACCACUUUUUAUCUCAUACUCGACCAUCUAUUGAUUCGCCAGUUUUACUUAUACUCGAUGGCCACUCUACUCACACAAGAAAUUUGCAGAUGUUGGAAAAGGCAGAAAAGAACUUUGCUCGAAUUAUUUCAAUUCCACCACAUACAUCACAUAAGGUUCAACCAUUGGAUGUCGCCUUGAUGGGCCCGUUGAAAUCACAUUACGCCACAGCGAAUGGAAAUUUCUUGAAGAAAAACCCAGGAAAAACAAUCACUGCUUACAACGUCUGUGAACUAGUAAAUCACGCCUUUGUCAAAUCAGCGAACAUGUCAUCUGCCCAAAAUGGAUUUCGUAUAUCCAUUUAA